AUGUCCGACCGACCUCUUCAUCCUCACGAAAGUACACCUGGUCAUUCACCAGAUAUCGAGAUGGCUUCUCCUACCGACCAUCCGUCUGGCUUACCUUCUCACCCGUUCACUCCACCCCAUCAAAAUACGACAGCCUUGUAUGGCGGUCAAUCACCAGAAAUAUACACUUCACCUCAACCAGGUGGCGGCUCAUCAGCAGGAUCAUCCAGCGCUCCUCCUCAGGGUACACCAUCUAACUUGGGUAAAAGGAACUUCUCCGCUUUGACUCCUCGAGAGUCGGAAGAACACAAACGAAUCCUCACCGUCCCAGAGGCUGGCUUAGGUCUAGGAUUGGAACUGGGAAAUCCUAGUUCUUCUGGUAAUAACCCAAGUCCUUCAAGUACAAGUGACAUCGACCCACCAGAUAGACAAGGUGAAGAUGUGGCUUCAAAUCUUCUAAAUCAACAGAUCCAUUCUACCAACCCGGAGAUAGUCGAAGAUGAAAGAGGAAGUUAUGCAGCUCCUACAACACCGAAUCCAACACCUGCAAGAGGUUCAGAGCAAAGUGGAAGUAUGGAUAUGGAUGUAAAUGUCGGUGUUGGUCAACCUCCCGCAGAACUAGUCGAAGCGAUGACCAGAACAAAAAGGUUACAACGACGUAUUCCAACUGAUCCCCUUCCGGUCAACUUCAAGCCGGAGGUAGUACCGAGUAACCUCGAUCUAACUCCUGAUGAAUGGAAAAACGUCAGAUUCGAAUCGAUAAAAGCCGAUUUCAGGAAGACCUCGUUACCCAAAUGGAGAGAGCCAUCCGGCACCCACAGAGUAAUGGCUCCUUCUGGCGACCUGGCAUGGGUAGAUCCCUUCGCUUCGCCGACUCUCCCUCGACCUUUGAUUCCAGAGUUGAGAAUCCCACCCGACUUUGGUAUAGACGAUUUCAACGCCGCUCGAAUCGGGCUGAAUUUUAUGGAGAUGUUGGCGGACGACCUGAAAUCCGGCGAGAUGACCCUAUUGGAUCUCGAUUGGCAGGUACGACGACAUGUCUUUCAAUGUAUCAUGAUGCAGGAAAGGGGUAAAGCAAGAACCCUAUUCCCUACGUCUCUGGACCGAACCAUUCUACCUGCAAGGCAAUUUGAAGGAGUCGAUCUGGACGAGACCGCCGCUUACACCUUUCGAAGACCUUUGCAAUGGGCCAGACCUCUACUCCACGUCGCCUUUGAGCUCUUAGCCGCUCAAUCGAGUUUCAAAGAUACCAUGAGAUUAUACGGAUUCGAAUGUGGUCGAGUAUUCCAUUGCGAUCCUGCGCUAAGCCUCGAGCCGCAUAUCAUCUCGUUGAUCACCACUCAACCGCAUACUACCGAAUUUGGAAAUCUAUAUAUUACCGUUUCGGAAAUGAUCAGUGCAGGUGGAAAUUCCGACGUCUAUAGAGGGACUUUACAUACUUAUGCACAUGGCGAACAGAAAACGAACAUUGACGCGGAAGAUAGGGAUGUGGUUAUCAAGGUGAUUUGUCCACAAGCAUUCCAGGAUGAUCCGAGAUGGGUUGCGAAGAAAGCGACCACACGAGAAGCGAAACAAUCGAUGAUCAACGAAAUCACCAUGUACAAUAAUCAUGCGGCUGCGCUUCAAGGCGAAGUCAUCCCGCGCUAUUAUGGAUUAUGGGAAUGGAAGGGUCAAUUGAGGAAAAGCGAUGUGGGUGACCGUGAAGAUAUGACUGAAAAGUCCUAUCGGGUAUUCAUAGAGGUGUUGGAAGAUGUUGGGAUAUCGAUGAAUCAAAGAUUCGGUUGGCCAGAGAAUACCAAUCCGGAAUUCAUUAGGAUCGAACAUAAAAUGGAAAUCUUAGCAGCAUACGCUCAACUUCACAAGAUAAAGAUCCACCACGGAUUUAUUGGACCCGAAGUCAUCAGAUUCAACCCUAGAAUUGGAUAUCCAAGUAUUGAUUCUGGAAUCCGAUUGAUCGAUUUUACCCAUUCGCUCGUGGUCAGGUACUCUAGUCAUUGCAGGGACGAGCUCGAUCAUCUCCAGCUGCUCUACAGAAUUACACACGAAGAAUUGAUGGAGUUUUUCCAGCAAAUGAGAGAGAAUGGCGAGUCGUUCACUUACAUGGAUGGAGUUGGUCGACCGGAGUUGGAUGAAGAUCUGGAUAUGGCAUAG